CCAAACAUCUGGUAAGCACAGUUGAGUGUGGAUGCGAAGAGAAACAGCAGAGCAGAGCUUCCUCAUCCAAGAAGGUAUGGCCACAGCCGGUAGCUUCCUGUCUGAGGAUCAGUUCCAGUGCUCCAUCUGUCUGGAUGUUUUCACCGAGCCCGUUUCUAUUCCGUGUGGACACAACUUCUGCAGGGCCUGUCUCACCAGGCACUGGGCCGACAAGCAACACUGUCAAUGUCCACUGUGCAACGAGAAGUUCUCCAAAGACCUCAAACUUCGUGUUAACAUCGCAUUCAGGGAAGUUGUGGAGAAUUUUAAGAAACAUCAAGCGAUACCUGACGGUAAUUCCCCAGUCAAACCUGGAGAAGUGCCGUGUGACUGCUGCCCUGGCAACAAGGUCAGAGCCUCUAAAACCUGUUUGGUGUGCUUGACUUCCUACUGCAAGACACACCUAGAGCCUCAUCAGAGGGUUUCUUACCUAAAAAGACACAAACUGACUAAUCCUGUGCACAAACUGGAGAACAAAAUAUGCAGCAAACACAACAGGAUUCUUGAGUUCUUCUGCAGGACUGACCAGACUCGAGUUUGCGCCAUGUGUGCAGAACAUAGCGCUCACGAUACUGUCCCUCUGAAAGAGGAGUAUGUAGACAAAAAGGCUCGGAUGGGAAACAAAAAUUCUGAAGUGCAUGAAUUUCAACAGAAACAAGGAAAGAAGGCUCAGAAAAAAGAGGCAGCGCAGAGCAAGAGGAAAGGCAAAGGUGACGCAAACAACGUGGAGCCUAAUCAAAUGCAAGCUGAUCCCAACGAGGACCCACAAUGUGUUGAUGGACGUACCUACAUCCCUGUAAAUAACAGCCUCUGUGUAGGGAGAUUCUACUAUGAAGUUAAGGCCAAAAGGCAGACUUGCUUGUUUUUAGGAGUAGUCAGAGCACUGAUGUAUGGAAAUGGGACAUUCUUACCAGACUCUGGGGAUGGACACUGGACCGUAAUGUUGGAGUGUAAAAACUGCAGAACUCCACUUCACAUCCCCGUCUGGAUAACGCAACCUGAGGGAGUCACUUUGUUUGUAGAUUAUGAGAAAGGAUUCGUGUCCUUCCGUUAUGCAGGAUACCCAGUCAUGACAUUCACUUUUAACAGCUGCAAAUUUAGUCAGAGGCUUUCUUUGGUGUUUACUCCUCGUGUGAGCUGGACACAGAGGCUGCUGGGGAGGGUUCAGACGACGCCACGGUUUUACGAAGUCUUAUGCUGGUUUAUUGCUUUUAUGGUUGUGCUCGUACUUUUCACUUGAAUGUGCUGUGCAUAAAACUUUACAGAAGAUUGAAGAUAAAUGUCUGGGCAGGUUAACCUCUGGAGGAGGAGGAUUCAGCUCAGCAGGUCUGGCUCCAGUAUAAAGGUGGUAUCAGCCAGUCUGACUUUGGUUCUGCUUGUACAGAGGUUUAUUGUUUUGUUUUGUUUUGUUUUUUAAAUUUGUAAAAUAGACUUACCUUUAGUUGAAA